AUGGCCUCGACACCACACUCCUUGUCUUUCUCGCCCUCGAUCCAGCAGACUUUCAACACAAACCCUAAGCGCGGAUCCACAGGCUCUCAACUCCCAUUACCGACGACGCUUCACGCCCCAGCGUCACAAAGACCUCAGGUCGGAGCCACCGUCACAAGUAUUUCUGGUUCAACGAGCCCUACUAUACACACUCGCGGGAUUUCAUCUGUAUCCAGCCGCGUAUCUGCGGACAUUUCACUACCUAAUUCCCCAACGUCGGCAAGCGCACCGAUUCCCCACCCCAUACACAUAAGUUCGACCCAUGCUGGUGGUAUCCAGCCCUCCGCUUCCUUUUUUCGCCCCUCUCGUCCAAACCAACAGCCGCGAUAUUCACGCCCUAGCUCCAUCUCUUCCGUCCAUGGUCUUUCAAUACAUGGUCAAGAUCCAAACCAAAUUCAACUUGUUCCCCUUCCGUCAUCUCACCCCAAUGGAUCGGACGAGCAGGUCGCUGAAAGCAUAGUUGGAGCGGAGUCUUUGGCUGAUGACCAUCAAUUCACGUCUCUGAAGAGAAUGAAGCAGAGUCGCGAACCCCUUCUUCCCUUGGGCGGACGCGUCGCUGUUGCUCCUCGUGCCUCUGGCACACGGGAUCGCAGCGGGUCAAACUUAUCUGCGCCGAUGUCUGGCCGUGGCCCAACUCGUCUGAUGCGGAGUAGCCUCGACAAGGUGCUCAGCAUAAGCAGGGGACUGAGCUUUGACUCUAUCCGAAAAUCCACUAGCUCACGUACACCGCCUGCACACUCCGUGGAGGGGCAACCACCAUUCGAGAGAAAAUUGAGUGACGAGGAACGGGGUGAGUUUCAGGAUUCUCCGACCACUCCUGGGCGAUACAAACAUUCACCGAAUCACUAUGGCGGCCACUCCUUGGAAGUUCGAACAUCUCGCAACUCUGCGCUCCUUUCCGCGCCAUCACCCUCCCCAGAUCCGUCGUUCGUUCCCAUUCCUCCGAAUCGCAUACCUCCUUUGUCUGCAAUGCCCACGAUCGACCCCCAAACUGGUAAAUCUUUACGAAGAUACCAGCUUCACCCGUCACGGAAUAGAUUCUUCUUUGGGGGCCACUUGCUGACAGGCGGUGAUUCGCCGUGGGCAUUUGUGGCUUCUUUCACUUUGGUUUUAACAAUAUCUGGGGUCUGGUUUGGGACAACAGCUGUUUGGUGGUGGAAGAAUGAAAGUCCGGCUGUAGCUGCGGUUGGUGCAUAUCUGGCUCUUCUAACAAUCUCAACUAUGCUUGCUACAGCGACUUGUGAUCCUGGAAUCUUACCUCGCAAUUUGGACCCUGAUCCACCAUACCCAUCUACCUCUCCGUCGGACGGAGGUGUUCGAGCACCGAUGCCUCGAGACCUUAAGGUUCGAAGCGACGUUGUGCGUGUGAAAUACUGUCCAACAUGUAAAACAUACAGACCACCGCGCUCUAGCCAUUGCAAAAUGUGCGACAACUGCGUGGAUGGAUGUGAUCACCACUGCCAAUGGGUAAAUAACUGUGUUGGAAGACGUAACUAUACCACCUUUUUCGUUCUCUUGACGUCUGCAACUACAACACUGAUCUUAAUCAUCUGUACUUCGGCCCUGCAUUUAUUCUUUUUGACAAAACGGGAACAUAUAGACUUUAAACACGCGCUGCGGCGAGGCGCAGGCAGUGCAGUGGCAUUUUGCUUAGCUAUCGCUGUUAUCUGGCCUGUUGGUGCCUUAUUGACGUAUCAUAUGCGGUUAUUACUUCUUAAUAUCACCACCAUCGAACAAAUUCGAAACCAAGCGCAUAAAACCCUCGUGCCUGGACCUCCACCUCCCAAUCCCUUUUCUCAUGGCACUUGGCGGCGGAACAUAACGGCUGUUCUCGGUCGACCACAGGGUUUUUCGUGGUUAGAUGGUUCGGCAAUCGCGACCGAGGACAAGCGUGAGGUGAAUCCGGGAAUGCUCGAUGGUGGCGUGUGGGAUGGCAGACAAUCGGGGGAACCGUAAAAUCGCCACACAACUCAUUUUCUUUCGAUGGGCAUACAAUAUACCUGGCAUGUUUUUGUGGAGAAAUGGAACUGUUUAACUAU